AUGGAUGAAGUGAAAAAACUUGAGCACCUUUCAUUGGUGUCGAAAAUAUGUACAGAACUUGAAAAUCAUUUAGGAUUAAAUGACAAAGAUUUAGCUGAAUUUAUCAUUGAUUUGGCGUCAAAGAAUAAUACUUUUGAAAGCUUCAAGAAAGCCUUACUUGAUAAUGAUGCAGAGUUUUCUGAUUCCUUCAUUUCGAACUUGCUGAGGAUCAUCCAGCAUAUGCGACCUAAGAGCGAGCUAACCGUAACGAAAGACAUGACUAAACAAGAAAAACUGAGCAUGAAAUUUCCAGGACUAGCUAUCCCCAAUGAUGUGCAGCCGAUGAAGAGCCAUAAUGAGAAAAAGUUGAAUUUGUCUACGAUUAAGGAAGACCCUGAAGACAAUGAAGUCGAAGAUGCGAUGGCAGCUCUUGAAGCUUUAGCUCCUUCUAAAGAAAUGAAAUUCAAUUACAAGACUGAAAGAGCAUCCAAGUCUCCAGAAAAAAUUAUUAAACAAGAAUUGGAGAAGCCCAGAAAACGUAGUCGCAGCCGUAGUAGAAAUAGAGACAAAAAGAGAAAUAGAAGUAGGAGUAGAAGUAGAGGAAGAGGAAGAAGUAAAGAGAAGACAUCCAGUAAAAGCAGGCAGAGAAGUGUGAGUCGAGGGAGAAGAAGAAGAAGUAGAGACAGAAGUUCUAGUCGAAAUAGAAAUCAUGUAAAGAACAGGGAUAGAGAAAGGAGAGACAAAAAUGAUCGUAGGAGUAGAAGCAGGAGCAAUGGUAGAAAGAGGAAUGAAAGAAGUCGGAGCAGGAGCACUGGUAGGAGAAGAAAUGACAGAAGUCGGAGCAGGAGCUAUGACAGAAAGAAAAAUGACAGGAAAAGAGAAAAUGAAGAUGAGAAGAAUAAGAAUGAUGAACCUCUUGAACCCGAAGUUGGUAAAAUAUAUAAUGGAAAAGUUACCAAUAUCGUUUCUUUUGGUUGUUUUGUUCAAAUCGAGGGUUUAAAGAGACGUUGGGAAGGACUCGUUCAUAUAUCGCAGCUGAGAAGGGAAGGAAGAGUUACGAGUGCUUCUGAUGUCGUUUCUCGUGGAAUGAAAGUCAUGAUCAAAGUAUUGUCGGUCGCUGGGCAAAAGGUGUCUCUGUCUAUGAAGGAUGUUGAUCAGGAAACGGGAAAAGAUCUUAAUCCAACUGUUCGUCAUGCCGCCAAUAAGGAUAGAGAAGAAGAAGCUUCGAUGCGAAACCCUGACCGCCCGACGACGCUUCUAGACUUAGGCUCCUUCGAUGAUCAUGACGACUUUCAGAGCAGAAAAAGGGUUAAUAGGAUAUCUUCACCCGAGAAAUGGGAGAUCAAGCAGAUGUUAUCUGCAAGUUGCAUUGAUAAAAGUGAGCUUCCUGAUUUCGAUGAAGAGACCGGAUUGCUUCCUAAAGAGGCUGCCGAGGAAGAAGAUAUAGAAAUAGAAAUCGUCGAAGAGGAACCUCCUUUUCUACAAGGACACGGAAGAAAUUUACACGAUCUUAGUCCUGUUAGGAUCGUGAAAAACCCUGAUGGUUCUCUAGCUCAGGCAGCCAUGAUGCAGAGCGCCCUCGCGAAGGAGAGACGGGAACAGAAAAUGUUGAACAGAGAACAAGAAAUGGACCAAGUGCCGACGGGCUUAAAUAAAAAUUGGAUCGAUCCACUUCCUGAGAGUGAUGGUAGAACUUUGGCUGCAAACAUGCGUGGAAUUGGCCUAACGAACCAAGAUCUUCCAGAAUGGAAAAAACAUGUUAUUGGAGGGAAAAAGAGUUCUUUUGGUAUGAAGACGAACAUGACCCUUUUGGAACAGAGGCAAAGUCUUCCAAUUUAUAAACUCAAGGAAGAGCUCAUCAAGGCUGUUACCGAUAAUCAAAUUUUAAUCGUUAUCGGUGAAACAGGAUCAGGAAAGACCACUCAAAUGACUCAGUAUUUGGCCGAAGCAGGUUUCACGUCCAGAGGAAAAAUUGGUUGCACACAACCGAGAAGAGUCGCCGCAAUGUCCGUGGCAAAAAGAGUGGCCGAGGAGUUCGGUUGCCGCUUAGGCCAAGAAGUCGGCUACACCAUUCGUUUCGAAGAUUGUACCAGCCCAGAAACAGUCAUCAAGUACAUGACAGAUGGUAUGUUACUUCGAGAAUGCCUCGUAGAUUUGGAUCUGAAAAGUUAUUCUGUUAUAAUGUUGGAUGAAGCCCACGAAAGGACUAUACAUACUGACGUGCUCUUCGGACUCUUAAAGCAAGCUGUUCAAAAAAGAUCUGAACUAAAACUAAUUGUUACAUCAGCUACCUUAGACGCAGUCAAGUUCUCACAGUAUUUCUUCGAAGCACCUAUAUUCACCAUUCCAGGUCGUACAUUCCCUGUUGAAGUGCUUUAUACAAAGGAACCCGAGACAGAUUACUUGGAUGCAUCACUUAUUACCGUAAUGCAAAUACAUCUGAGGGAACCUCCUGGAGAUAUUUUGUUAUUUCUUACAGGUCAGGAAGAGAUUGAUACAGCCUGUGAAAUUUUGUACGAGAGAAUGAAAUCACUAGGUCCCGAUGUUCCAGAGCUUAUUAUUCUCCCAGUUUAUUCUGCACUUCCGAGUGAAAUGCAAACUCGAAUAUUUGAAGCAGCUCCACCUGGAUCGAGAAAGGUUGUCAUAGCAACAAAUAUAGCUGAAACAUCUCUUACAAUUCAUGGAAUCUUCUAUGUCGUCGAUCCUGGAUUUGUUAAACAGAAAGUCUACAAUUCAAAGACAGGAAUGGACUCUCUCGUUGUUACACCUAUCUCACAGGCACAGGCAAAACAAAGAGCGGGUAGAGCUGGUAGAACAGGACCAGGAAAAUGCUAUAGGUUAUACACAGAACGUGCCUACAGGGACGAAAUGUUACCCACUCCGGUACCUGAAAUUCAAAGAACUAACUUGGCCACAACUGUGCUACAACUGAAAACGAUGGGUAUUAAUGACCUCCUCCAUUUCGAUUUUAUGGAUGCUCCGCCAGUCGAAAGUUUAAUAAUGGCUCUCGAACAACUUCACAGCCUCAGUGCCCUUGAUGACGAGGGGCUUCUUACAAGACUUGGAAGAAGGAUGGCAGAAUUUCCUUUAGAACCUAAUUUAUCAAAAAUGUUGAUUAUGUCAGUUCACCUGCAGUGUUCGGACGAGAUACUUACUGUAGUAUCAAUGUUAUCCGUUCAAAAUGUAUUUUACAGACCUAAAGAUAAACAAGCGCUCGCUGAUCAGAAGAAGGCUAAAUUCAAUCAAGCAGAAGGUGACCAUCUCACACUACUUGCCGUUUAUAAUUCGUGGAAGAAUAAUAAAUUCAGCAAUGCGUGGUGUUAUGAAAAUUUUGUUCAGAUAAGGACGCUGAAGAGAGCUCAAGAUGUUAGGAAACAAUUGUUGGGAAUAAUGGAUCGGCACAAAUUAGAUGUUGUAUCAGCUGGUAAAAAUACAGUCCGUGUUCAGAAAGCUGUAUGCUCUGGUUUCUUCAGAAACGCUGCAAAGAAGGAUCCUCAAGAAGGAUAUAGGACAUUAGUAGAUAGUCAGGUUGUUUAUAUUCAUCCUAGCAGUGCUCUUUUUAAUCGACAACCUGAAUGGGUUAUUUAUCAUGAACUUGUUCAAACAACAAAAGAAUACAUGAGAGAGGUUACAACGAUUGAUCCGAAAUGGCUGGUCGAAUUCGCACCAGCUUUCUUCAAGUUUUCUGAUCCGACCAAACUCAGCAAAUUUAAGAAAAAUCAAAGACUGGAACCUCUCUAUAAUAAGUAUGAAGAACCUAAUGCUUGGAGAAUAUCAAGAGUUCGGCGAAGAAGAAAUUAA